UAAAGAACGGUGCAGAAGGGGCUGCCAAUAAUAAGAUAAACGCCCCACCUGCAGCUGUCGCUGAAACGAACGUUUCUAAAGUUGAAAAACAAACUGCUGCAGUUUCUGCUAAAACCAACUCAACGAUUCAUGCUCGUGCUACCGCUAAUACUGCUGCCACUAUGUUGACUAUAGUGGACACUACUGCGAACGCUGGACCAACAACAACAACUGUCUCUUCAGUAACAAGAUCUGAGAAAGCCAAUAACGACGAUGCUGUGGUAACGACCAGUUCAGUAUCAGCAAAACCACCAACUGAGAAAUUUCUCUAGCAGAAAGAGCACGGCUCGACUGCCGGCUCGGAUCAUACGGUACUGACGUGCAACUCCACGAAUAUCAACGGCAACAACAACAACAAUAAUAAUAAAUUAAAAAAGCAACUGGAAUGUAAAUCGACACAACAACCAAGUCAAUAUUUGAAUGUGGAUUCUAAUUUAACGUUGGUGGUUAGUAAAAAGCAAAAUUCCUCAUCCCUUAACAAGAAACAAUCAAGCAAUCUUGACGUCAUCAAUCUUGAAGAUCAUCAUCAGUACGCUGUAGCACCAACGUUGCCAGCUCACUCACCGCAUUCACCAGUACACAUUAAUCUUGAUGCACUAGAGCCACAAAACCAAUCACUACCGAAUCAACAACAAAAUCAACAACAACAGAAGCAGCAACAACAACAACAGCAACCGUCAAAUAAGCUGUCCGCUCGCUAUAUUAAUAAUAAUAAAACCUCGUUAGAGUACUCGUCGAGAAAGAGUGCCAAUAAAAAAAUCAAGACGGGAGAAGAUUCAAUUCACAAACAGCAUGAAGAGCAUAAAACAAUAGCAUCACAUGAUAUUGAAAAAACGUCCGGCCCUAGAGGGGCAACAUCGUCACCAUCAUCGUCAUCGAAAUUAAUUUGUAGUUGUGAGAAACUUUUCAACAUUGAGCCAAAAUUAACAACUGUCGUAGUUAAAGACCGGAUGUCGGGAAUGCGCGACUCGAAACAACGUGCCCAACCAAACACAAACGCUACAACAAAACGCUUAAUAUUAACGCGUAAUGCGGCCACAAGUCCAAAUUUGGAUUUAAGAAAAUUGAACAUUUUGACCUUAACCGCCUCGACAAAUGGUCAAAAAAACAAAUCGAAGGAGAAAGGACAGGAACAAAACCCACGUUCUGAGAAGAGUGAGUGCUUAAAGAAUUCACUUGAAAAGUCUAACUCAUUGGGAGAAAGCAAGAAACCUAAGCAGUUACGUACCACUAGGUCGUUAUCGCCGAGACCACCAAUGCGCCAUCAACAUGCCAUUAUUGUAUCAGAAGUUAACGACACUGAAGAACAUGAACUGAAAACAUCCAUUACCACCACAAUCACCACCGGCCGCACAGAAAUCGAUAAUGAGUUCAACGUAAACUCGCCGCAUAUAUAUCGUGAACAAAUGAUAUUGCGCCACCGAAAGGUGCAGAAUGCUUGUAGAUCUGAACAAUCGUCGCCGAACGUCAUUGAAGGAUCUAACCUUAAAUUUGCCUACCGAGAACAAACCAACCGUAGUACUGGUUGUCUUGUGUAUAUACCCUCAGAUCCUUGGUUGAAAAUGAAUGAUAACAUCAAAAGACCUCUUAUUUUAUCUAAGACGAUUAAUCAAACUCUUCCUGAAAACACUUUAGAUCCUUGGGUAAAACGUAAUGAUACACCGUUAGGGCGCACACCAAAACAGGAACUAUUUCGUCAAGCAAAAUCCUUCUCUGCUACUCGAUUCGAAGUUGAGCCGACAGGAACGGGUAGCAAGGUUCAGUCAACUACAAAUCAACAUAGAUCUCUUAUGCGUUCAUCAAAAGAAAAGUAUACAUCAAUAAGCGAUAUAUAUAAACCUUUACAAUCAGCACCUUCUUCUCCUCACUUUCUUUGCGCCCCCGACAAUCCAUUCUCCUCAGUUUACUCACUCAAUACACCAUACGGCAAUGAAAAACAGCAAAUAGAACAAUUACAACAGGAAACGGACAAUACACCAAUACGUUCUUCAAGUUUUUCACCAGGUCGUGUUAAAGAUUGUCUUAAUCCAUUUCUAGAUGUAGCAAAUGUACCGAAUUCACCGCCGCCUCUUAUAUCUGUGGCUGCCGAAUAUUCCAAUGCAAAAAAUCAAAAAUUGCAAAAUGAAAUCUGUACUCAAAGCAAUCAUAGUUUUUUAAAUAUAUGUAAUCCAAACUUACUACAGGCCCGUCACAGUUUCUCCUCAAGUCCCGAAAAGAAAGUCGAAGAAGAAUUGCAACUCAAUAUACGACGUCUAUCCGAUCAAAUGCGUCGUAAAGCUGGAUUACCUUGUAGCAAUUUAAAAACUAUUAAUAAACCUUUCUCAAGUGAUCGUAACGUAAAUAGUAGUCAAGACGGUGGUGAGAACGUUUACAGAGAACGCGAGAAUGGAUCUCCAAUUCCCAUAACGAAUAAGCCGAUAUACAGGGCAGAUUUUUCCGAUUAUUUGGAGCAAUUCCGUUGCAGUGAAGCGAAAAAAGCUGCUUCCGCUGCUGCACUUAAAGAAAAUAAAAUCAUGUGGUCGAAAACGGACGCAAUGACUCCAAUAAUGCCACCACCAGAAGUCUCCGAAUCAAAGGACUCUCUAUUGGAAACAACUUGUUAAAGAAAACAAAUAUUAGAUAGACAGAUAGAGAGAGGGAGAGAGAGAGAAAAUCUUCGUAAACGAAUAGCAUUUUAUGAAGAACUUUCCACGUAUAUCAAUCAGCAAGCGCUGCGUUUAGAAACAAGAAAUACUUAGCUCAACAACCAUCCAUUGCUAACAAAUUACUUUACUGAGAAUGCUCUAUAUAAGUAUGUGUGUGUAUGUUUGUGUGUUUAAGUAAUUUUUUUUAACUAAAUAUUGCAUUUAAAAAAAUAUAUAAAAUAAAAAGAAAAAAAUAUAUUAUAGAUAACAGUUAAAGGAAAAUCCAAAACAAUUUUGUUAUGUCAAUCAAAGGACGAAAGGCAAAAUAAAAUCCAUUUCAAAAUUUCUUGUAUACAUAUAGUUGCACACAGAUAAGUUUAUUUUUAAACAAUUCUCUUAUAUAUGUUUAUAUAUAUAAAAUAGAUGCAUACAGUUUUAGAAGUAAACUAAAACAAGAAGAAAAGAAAGAAAUUCACAUACAUAAAUAAUUAUAAUCAAUAUUAUUAUUAUUAUAUCCUUAAUUCGUACAUACGUACUAUAAUUAUAAAGUGUCGUAAAGAGGAGAAAAUUGCAAAAUUAUAAUUAAUUAUGUUGUAAUAAAUACAAGUUUAUAAUUUACAUGUAUCCAUAU